GCCGCGCUCCGGCUGCGGGCGCAGCGCUUGAGCGACCAUGUCAGGGGCCAGCGGCUACAGCCAGACCCCGAGCCGGACCAUCCCCACCACUCGCCGGGUGGUCCUCGGCGACGGCGUGCAGCUGCCGCCCGGGGACUAUAGCACCACCCCGGGUGGCACACUCUUCAGCACCACCCCGGGAGGUACCAGGAUCAUCUAUGACCGGAAAUUCCUAAUGGAGUGUCGAAACUCACCUGUAGCCAAAACACCCCCCCGGGACCUGCCCACCAUUCCUGGGGUCACCAGCCCUGCCAGUGAGGCGCCCCCCAUGGAAACCAGGCAGAGCCACCUACACAACAGUCCAGAAGACAAGCCGGCAGGUGGUGAAGAGUCACAGUUUGAGAUGGACAUUUAAAGGACCAGCCAGCGGAGCAAGCAAUGCCUCUGGGCCCCUCAGGCCCUUCUCAGGAGAAGAACCGCACCAGCCGGGUCUUAUGAAUGUUAUCGCCCUGGGCAGGCAUUGGGUGUGUGGGGUCAGCCAUCCGGCCCUCUCCUCCCUCACUCAGGGCACCUGCUACCCUUCCCCUUAGUGAGCACCAGCAGAUACCUCCAUGUGCCUCCGUGGAUGCAGGAGCUGCCACCCCAAGGGGAGUGACUCUUGCGAGCACACCUCUGCAGCUGAGGGGCCGGAAGUGGACACGGAGGAGCCCUUCUGAUUGAUGGUCUUGCUCUUCCAGCCCCACCCUCUGGGGGUGCCCCUUCCUUAGGUUGGUGUGCAGUGGGAACGCGUCCUUGGCCCUCCUUCCCCCGGAGAGGAAAUAAAAGCGACCUUCACCCUGGGGCCAAGAGUUGGGCCCUGUCUGA